CUAAAUGCUGUACAAAAACUCUUUUUACGUCACAUGUCUGAUAGGAUUUUUUUGCUUUCUGCACUUGGACUAGUGUUUUUCUCGUUCUUCCUAAUACACGGUGUCUUUGUCGAUUCCAUCGUGUGGGAAGGCGUGCCGAGAGUGGCUGACUCUUGAAGCUGUUUGCUGAGUAGCGUGGAAUAGGUGACUGUCAGGCGGGAGGAGUGGUGUGGUGGUGCCUAAGAAACCUUCCCUUUAUAAGGAUGCUGGUGGGAAAUGCCUGGAGACAGAGAUGACGAGAUUUGUCAAAAGGCGCUCGAACUCUUGUCAGAUCUUUGUUCGAAGGGGGAAGUGCAGAAUGAAAACUGUCGGGAUUUUAUCUACUAUUUCCGAGAUCUCGCCAGACCACGCUACACGGAUUCAGACAUAUCUGUGAGUCUGCUGUCAUUGGUAGUGACUGCCUGUGGCUUGGCCCUCUUUGGGGUCUCCCUCUUUGUUUCAUGGAAGCUCUGCUGGAUACCAUGGAGGGAGCGUGGGCUUUCCCCCACCACCAAGGAAGCCCAUGGGCACCUCAACCCGACUAUGAGCCCUCUGCCAUCACAGCCUGCACCCAGGCAGCCAGUUUACACAGCUGUGGACCCCCCGAUGCACAACCGCCGUGAAUCAUCACAUUGUUCCAUGGCCAGAGAGCCUACUCCUGUGGCAUCUGUUGUUUCAGUGGAGGCUCCUGUGACUCCUGUAUCACCACCACCUGUGGUCAUGGCCACACCAGAGGCAGCUAUGAAGAUCAGCCACACAUCUCCAGAUAUACCACUGGAUGCCCAGAGUAAAAGCAGGGAAAAUGGAGUUCACACUAACCCCCGAAUGCAGAGACAGACCACUGAACCCCCACCUUCUGGAUGCUCAAUGUCUGAAAUAGGUCAAGGGUCCAUUCGUAGACACAUGAACCUCUCUAACCCAGACUUCAACGUGGCCCAAUUCCAAAGGCAGGACUCCCUCACCGGAAUGGGCCUGGGCCUGGGCCGCCUCAAACCCGAGCUCUACAAACAGCGCUCCCUUGAGGGGGACGAAGGAAGUCGAAGAGACGGAGGUUGUGGGCGCCUCCAUUUUAUCCUCAAAUAUGACUGUGAUCUAGAACAGUUAAUAGUUAAGAUCCACAAAGCAGAGGACCUCCCAGCCAAGGACUUCUCCGGUACCUCUGACCCUUAUGUUAAGAUCUACCUGUUGCCCGAUCGAAAGACCAAGCACCAGACAAAGGUGCACCGCAAGACACUCAACCCUGUGUUUGAUGAGGUCUUCCUGUUUCCUGUGGCAUACUCUGAGCUUCCUACACGAAAGCUACACUUCAGUGUCUAUGACUUCGACCGCUUUUCACGGCAUGACAUUAUUGGUCAAGUGGUGGUGGACAACUUCCUGGAUCUGGCAGAUUUCCCCAGGGAGACAAAACUCUGUCGAGACAUCCAGUAUGUCUCCUCGGAUAAUGUGGACCUUGGGGAUCUGAUGUUUUCACUUUGUUACUUGCCUACUGCGGGCAGAUUGACCAUUACCAUGAUAAAGGCUCGCAACCUCAAGGCCAUGGAUAUCACUGGUGCAUCUGAUCCAUAUGUGAAAGUUUCACUGAUGUGUGACGGUCGCAGAUUGAAGAAGAGGAAGACAUCAACAAAGAGGAACACUCUGAAUCCAGUCUAUAAUGAGGCCAUUGUGUUUGAUGUCCCUCCAGAAAACAUAGAGCAGAUCAGCCUUUUGAUUGCUGUGAUGGAUUAUGACCGAGUAGGCCAUAAUGAGGUCAUUGGUGUGUGUCGAGUCGGCAAUGAUGCUGACAACCUCGGUCGAGAUCACUGGAGUGAAAUGCUUACAUAUCCCCGAAAACCUGUCGCCCACUGGCAUCCUCUCGUUGAGUACCAGGGGACCACAGGUAGUAGCCAGGGAGGAUCCUGUAAUUCUCUGAAGACACCUCCUUCUCCGUAGCCAUGAGCAACAAUUCAAAUAAGCCGAAGGCUGUGCUAUAUGUACCUUUGGGCAGAUGUGAUACAGAAUUUUGCUCAUAUAUGGUCCUAGAAUAAAAAAAAUAAACACAUGCAUUAAUACCUAUGGAAAAGAAAGACACAAACUGUCUCGAGCUCUGCUCUUUUGGAUCAGUUGCAUGUUGAAUGACUGCAAAGAUGGAUGUUUUUUUUCUAUGAUGUUCCAUAAGAAAAAGAACCAGAAAAGGCAGAUAUUUUAGGUCUGAGCUGUUCCUGAGUUUAUAAACUCAUUGCUCUUUUUUUAAUAGUCUUGUUACUUGUUUUAAUGAGAUGAGUCUGUAA